AUGGCUAGUAAUACUUCGCGUGGGGGGAACCCUAGCGCGGGUUCUGCGUCAGUCUCUGAAGUUCCCGUGGGGAUAGACGGAAAGACAUCUGCUAUCAGCACCAGCAUUGGUGCGCGCCAGGGAAGCAUCAAAGAGAACAUUGAUGAUGAGAGUUUCAGAUGGAAGGAGACUCUGGAGAGGGUCAUUGACUCGGUCGUUUCAAUCAGAUUCGUUGUAACCCGAAACUUCGACACAUGGCAAGUCGGAUCGUACACGGCGACAGGCUUCAUCGUCGACGUUGAAAAGGGACUUAUUUUGACGAACAAGCAUGUCGUGACAGAUGCUCCAUUUGUGGGCAAAGUCAGUUUCAAGAAUUCGGAGGAAGUUGCUGCUUGGCCUGCAUGGAGAGAUCCCGUUCAUGAUUUCGGAUUCCUGCGUUUUGACAAAUCUAAAGUCAAGUUCAUGAAGCUGAGUGCCAUUGCUCUGGAGCCCGAUCAAGCAAGAGUGGGUCUCUCGGUCCGAGUUCCUGGGUCUGAUGCCGGGGAGAAGUUGGCUGUGCUGUCCGGAAUCAUCGCUCGAAUCGACCGACCCGCUGCAAAUUACGGCACCGGCACAUAUUGCGAUUUCAAUACGUUCUAUAUCCAGGCGUCCGCCAACACUUCAGGAGGAUCCAGUGGCUCGCCAGUCGUAGAUAUCGAUGGGCGGGCAAUUGCUUUGAACGCUGGAGGCUCUACACACGCGGCGUCCAGCUUUUUCUUACCCUUGCAAAGGGUUCAUCGGGCUUUGGAGUUGCUGAGGCAGGACAAACCAAUUCCUCGGGGAACACUCCAGGUUGAGUUCGUGCAAAAGCAAUACGACGAGGUUCGCCGUCUUGGACUGCCAGUCGACUAUGAAACGCGCUUCCGAACGCUUUCUCCUGAGCUGGGCGGUCUUCUGGCCGUCAAGAACACUAUCCCGGGUGGGCCAGCUGAUGGCCUUCUUUUUACUGGUGACCUGCUCAUCAAGAUCGGUGACAAAUAUGUGAACCACUUUGUGGACCUCGCCGAAGCCUUGGAUGACGCCUCAGCUCCAAAGCUUCGUCUUACGGUUUUCCGGAACAAAGCUUUUGUGCAAGUCGAAGUGAACGUUGACUCCUUGCACCGUAUCACUCCAGACAGAUAUGUGGAGAUUGGGGGAUCCAUCGUCCACCCCCUGAGCUUCCAGCUCGCGCGAUCGUACCACCAUGCGGUUGGCGGGGUUUUUGUUGCUGAUGCAGGCCAUAUGCUGGGUGUGGCAGGCGUCCCUGCAUACAGCAUCGUCACCUCAGUAGCGCACAAGAAGACGCCCAACAUCGACGCGUUCAUCGAAGUGAUGAAGAACUUGCCGUCGGGAAAACGCGUUCCUGUUAGGUACUACUCUUUGGCGAAGAAGAACGUGGACAUCGUGAAAAUCGCGGUAGUGGAGAACAAAUGGGGAAGGUUCCGGAUGGCGGUGAGGGAUGAUCCCGCUGGAAUUUGGAGCUACACAGAUCUACCAUCAACAGGCACGCCGCUGAAACCAGUCCCACGGACGGCUUCAUACGUGCACAUCAAUCCAUCAAAGAACAAACACAGUAGAAUUGCCAAUACCGUGAUGCCGUCCCUUUGUGUGGUUGAAACGCACUCUCCGUUCGGUAUUGACGGUCACAACUCAAAAUGGUCUGAUGGAGUCGGGCUGGUGGUAGAUCACAACAUCGGUCUCGUCCUCGUCGACAGAUCAACCGUGCCUACCUCCUUAGGCCGCCUAUUUGUCACAUUUGCGAACAACCUUGUUGCGCCUGCCAAAAUCGCUUGGAUGCACCCUAUGCACAACAUUGUGUUUGUGCGAUACGACAAAUCCUUCUUGUCUGCACAAGCCGCCGGCGAGCGUAGAGCUAGUCUGCCUCAACCACCUCUUCCCGUGAAGACCAUCGAGUUCUCCCCGCUACCGGCAAUGACUUCGGGCGACGAAAUCCACCUGGUCACCAUCAAUGUUAUAACACACAUCCCGCGUGUGCAAACCACCCAUGUCAAAGCUAAAGGCUACUUCAUGUUCGGCGACACGUCUCCGCCCAAGCCACGCACCAUGAACUGGGACGAUGCCAUCACUCUCCAAAAACCCAUGUGCGAGGAAGCCGGCGUUCUGGUCGAUGAAAAUGGACGGGCAAGGGGAUCCUGGCUUGUGUGCCCAGAGAGUAACAGUUAUCUGGGUGUCGGCUUGGAACACAAUGGCGAGAUUCGCCAGAUUUUGGACGCCUUGAGAGUGAGGGAGUCGCAAAGGACGUUUGAUGACCCUGCUGGCGAAGGGUUGCCAUUGCCUUUGCUGCGAUGUGUGGAUGCACGUGAGCUUGGCUUAUCCGAGCGAUGGAUCCACCGCAUAACCAUGGCGAGAGCUGAAGAACUGGGAAGCGAUCUGGAAGACACGCCCGCCGAACUCCGGCCACUCGCAGAGACUGAAAUUGGUGGAACGAAACUCAAGGAGGGUGACCUCAUCCUCGCUGUCGAUGGCAAACCCAUCACGUCCAUGCGUGGGCCAUUGAUGGACAUUGUCAUACCCGGAAAGGAAGGGCCUGAGACACCUACGCCCGUGGAUUUGACGAUCCUGCGCGAGGGAGAAGAGAAAGUGCUGACGCUCCCGAGAAUCUUGUUGUCUGGAACUCCAAGAGUCGAUGUUGUCCAGUGGGGAGGAGCUAUCUUCCAGAUGCCUCAUCGCAGCUUGUUCUUCCACGUCAAGCACAUUCCUCGUGGCAUCUAUAUUGCAUUGCUAUACUCGGGUAGUCCCGCUCAGCGGGAUCACCUAUCAGCGUGUUGGUUUGUUGUUGAAGUAGACGGCCGCAAAAUCGACACAUUGGACGAUUUCCUGGAAGUAGUCGAAGGCGCCGAGUGGCCGUCGCAUGUCCCUCUCGUCAACCCGGUCACAGACGGGUGGAGAGAGGAAGACAUUAAGACCAUCGAAAAUCAAACUGCGGCCGACAACGCGACCAGUAUCCGAGCUUCGGAAAAUGCGCUAUAUCCCACCAAUCCUGCUACUGGCAGCAUCAUCAAAUCCACAGUCUCGAGAAGCUUCAGGUUCAGACUGGUGAGCUUGGAGCAGGUACAUAAGGUCGUGACCAUCGACAUGGAUCUGGCGAGCAAGAACUAUUGGCCGACUUGGCGGUGUGUGGUCAACGAAUGA